AUGGCAUUGCUUGGAAGACGUAGUUUUCCAACCCCGAUUGUAAAGCCCUUGGCUCCUUUCAUUAUUUGCGCAAGCCUUGUGCUGUACACUGUUAAUAAAAUUGAGAAUGCAGCACAAUCAGUUCCACCUUAUGAUACCGAUCCUCGUAAUCCUAAAGCUCUAUUGAAUAAGAAACUUAAAGAACAACAUCAUUAA